AUCUGCAUCCCCCAGAACGCGGAAAGUUUUGUAUAUAAGCUGCCCGGCCACCUCACCAAAGCAUCACUUCUUGCAGUUUGGUCGGUUCAUCCACUAGUAUUAAACAAUUCGAAUAAUCGCCAUGAAAGUCUUGGCCGUCGCUAUCUUAGCUACUGUAGCUACCCUCAGCUCCGCCUACCCCGGCUACUACGGUGGUGGUGGUGGAGGUGGAUACGAAGGUGGAUGUGAACAUGGAGGAGCCGGUGGUGCCGGAUGUGGUGGAGGUGGUGGUGGAUUCGGAGGUGGAUUGGGAGGUGGAUUCGCCGGAGGUAGUGUAGGAGGUGGUUUCUACGGAAGUGAAGCCGCUGGCCCAACCUACGUUCAAGGGCCUGCUGCCGGUGGCAAGACCCUCAUCGGACCCGCUGAAGGACCAAACAACGUACAAGGUGCCUCCAACGGCCCCACCAACCUCGUAGGACCCCAACAAGGACCCGCCAGCAUCGUAGGACCAUCCCAAGAUUCAAAAGGAGGAUCAGCAGGUUCCAUAACCCACGACGGCGGAGUUCUUAGAGGACCAAAAACCGUACCAGUAGUAAUCAAAGGUUCUUCCGGUAAAAUCGUAGCUGAUGGCCUUUAUGGACUCCCCGAUGGCGGUCAUGGAUAUUAUUAAAUUAAACCGACCAUAGGCAAAACCAAUCUUUCAGUAUUACGACUUCUUACUCUUUAAUUAUUUUGUUAAAUCUUUCUUAUUGUGUAAACUUAUUACCUAAGACCAUCACGAUUUUCAUUUUCAUUCUUCAUUUCGCUCUCGCUGGAUACCGGCACCGUUUUGUAGGCCCUAACCGUCUCAGUUUAGGGCAGUUCAAAACGGGCACGUCCUCAAGAGCAGGUCAUUAAGUUUACUGUGAUUUCUCAUGUACGAGCUUGGUGUUAUCUACGUUAUUUAAUAUGUAUAGUUUUUUAUGUUUUUGUAUACUGUACAAAUGUAUAUGCGUUAAUAAAUGAUUCUUUUUAAAAAAGA